AUGAUGGCUUGGCCAAAUCGCUCAAAUGCAAAUACUCACCCCGCCAAAGUUCUACUCGAGGGUAAAACCAAGCGCCAGACACCAGCACAAAAGCGAGCCCAAGAUGCAGCAGCAGCAGAAAAAAACCAGGAAGAAGCAGCUAAAGUAGAGAAGGAACAUGAAGAUGGCAUCAAACACAUUGCUGCGAUGGAAGACUCACUAAAAAGAGACGAUUGCAAUUAUGGCAAAGAUACCCCACCCUAUCGCCCACAGGCAAACACAUCGGGUUACUAUUCUGUUGCAAAAGCUGCUAGCAAUGAUGAGGAUCCAGAUUCAGAUGAAGCUUUUCAGCCAUCUGGCUCGGAGUCCCAAAGCUUCAAGGGGGAGACUGGUGAUGAUAGCGAGGAUGGCGAGCCUGAGGAGCAUGACGGCAGUAGUAGUGUCGAAGAAGAAGUCCGUAAGGCUCAGAAGGGUAAGAAACACACUGCAUCAAAAGAGAAAAAGAAAAUCGUGGGGAUGACAACAAAAUCGGUGAGGUACAGUUCAAUUAGAGUUUCGGAUGAAGAACUCGUACCUGCAGCCUCGGAGACACGUUCCCGUUCAAUGUCGGGUGCAUCAUCACGCAGCACUAUGAGUCGUGCAACCACACCGACAUUUGAAGAAGACGGAGACGGAGAGUUUGACCACGAUGAGACACCAGAGUCACUGGCUGCGACUCAAAAGCAUAAGGGCAGCAACCCCAAACUGCCAAAGAAAAUCGGUGCCAUGGGAACGAAGUCAGCGCGAGUCACUGCUAAUAUGGGCUUGACGUUGACGCGAAAGGGAGCUGAUGAUGCUGUGGUGGAAGAAAUAAGACGCUCAGAAGAUAAAUCAAAGCCACUCAAAAAGUUAAAGCUCGAAGACCUACCUUUUGUCGAUAAGAAGGACAACGAGAUAUGGGCUCAAUUGAUCUGUGCGCUGAUCGAUUGGGCUGGGACGACUACUGAUCCCUUCAGUACGAAUGAACACCCAGAGGUCUCUGGCAAGCUGCAGGAACUGUGGGAUGUUCUCUUCGCGCACAACAAGGUCGAUGUUGCGAAGUGUCCUGCUAUCAAAAAAGUGGCAAUGGACCGGCUGAAUGAGUGGUGGAGUAUGCUUGGGAAAAAUGCCAUCAAGAUUCUCGAACGUGAACUCAAAAAAGCAGAAUAUCAACUCGACACCAAUGCUCGUAUCAAAUUCGUCCAAGAUCGCCUGCCUCAAAAAAUAGAUGGUCAAAAACGCGUGCCAUUCAUUUAUGCUGAUCAUGAGGGUCUGAAAGGAUCGUGGUUGGCUCCCGUGCUCCUGGAGUUACUUGCGGCACAUGCGAGGCGUUGUGGAACAUUGUUUCAAGCAUUUGGGAAACCUGCAGGUGCAUUAGGGGUUUGUGCAGCUGCGGCGCACUGCGCGCUAUUUUUGUACAAAGAUGGGGAUUCUGCGAAAGAAGCUGCCAAGGACGCGAAGCGUGCCGGUCUCCCUUCCCAGCCCAUGAAAAACCUCUCCUUCAAUGCAGCAUGGGGCAGUGUCGCUAUGCAGUACUCCCUGCAGAUGGCUCAACUCCCAGAUAAAAAGUGGGAUCAGAUUGUGGAUGGGAUGUGGGAGCUUGUAGGUGAAGACUCUCUUGUCCGUCAUGUCCAUGUUGCCUCGGAUGACAAUUCCAUGGAUGUUCGUAAUGCCAUUCUCCUCUCGGACAAUGACGAAGAGAAUUCUUAG